AUGGAGUACACCAUUUACUAAUGAUAGGAGGACUAGGAUCUAAACCAGCUGUACAACUACCUCAUUAUAAAUAUAUUGAGUUAUCUAAUGGAAACUGGCGUACUAAUGAGCACUCAAUGUAUAAUCUAUCAUCAAGAAAAUGGAGUAAUCCUUCAAUCAUUGGUCAGUGUAUACCACCUGCUAGUCACUUCAUCAUUGAAAAGAUCAACAACACUAGAGCUAUUCUGUUUGGUGGAGUAGAGACUUAUGAUGAUGCUAAGGAAACUACUACUAACAAUAUAUAUAUAUUAGAGAUAUCAAUCAGCACUGUGUUCUGGCAGUGUAUAAAGAAACCUGAAGCAAUAUACAUGUACCAAUGGCCUGUGAGUAGAUUUAAUCAUGCAGGUGCUAUUAUUAUAACUGGAUCAGACUGUCCUAUGCUAGUGAUAAGUGGUGGGUUGGAUAAGAAUGAUGAUACAUUAAAUGAUUGUUGGAUCCUUAACAUCACUCAACAUUCCUGGAUAAAG